AUGGCAAUAUUAACCGUCAAAAUUACAUGGCAAUACGUUAUGAUGUUUCUUCUUCACAAUGAGACAUUAGUAGAAUGUAUAACUGUUCCUCUACAUGAUGGACCAUCGCGGUGGCCCACUAUGAUUAACCAUUGUGUAGAGGGCGUAGUUGCAACUAAUGGCAUAUGGCGCGAACGAUGGUCUCGUGAUGGCGUUGGUAUCGGUUUUUCUGCUGCACAUCAAAGGAUAGUGGGCCAG